GUGGUGAUGCAUCGACAGCAGUUUGUCACACAAGAGAUGUGUGAGCUUUUAGUAACCGUGUAUAAUUUAUACCUUGUCAAUGCUAAGAGAAAACCAGGCGUGAGAAGCCAGCGAGAGUCCGUCGAGGAAUCGAGUCGAAAGUUAGAAGACACGAGGAAAUUCCGUUUGUAUCGAUGGAAAGGUGUUGGGUCCCGUGUUGUUCGCGGUCCCGACUGGCGAUGGGAAACGUCAGGACGGAGGAGAGGGUCACGUGGGCACGGUGAGGAGCUUCGAGCGGCCCGGGGAGGUGCUGGUUGUCUGGGACAACGGUACGGCCGCCAACUAUCGCUGCUCGCCGUGUUUUUGACCUGA